CGCAAUAUCAAAAUGUCCUCACAGGUUGCAAAGGCCGCCCGUCGGGUGACCCACGAGCUCCAUGGCAUAGUUGUAUCUGCUGGUCUGAUGCAAAAAACGGUAAAGGUCCGAGUCGGUGGUCAACGAUGGAACAAAAUCAUCAACAAGUGGUUUGCAGACCCCAAGCACUAUCUCGUGCACGACCCCAACUCCUCCUUGCGUACUGGCGAUGUCGUUUCCAUUGUUCCCGGCUGGCCGACAUCAAAACAUAAGCGUCACGUCGUCAAGAACAUCAUUGCGCCGUACGGAACUCCAACCGAGGAGAGACCACCGAUUCCCACAUUAGAAGAGCGGAUUGCUGAGCGGGAGGCCCAGCAAGCUGCCAAAAGAGAACGCAGGGCACGCACCGAGGGGGAACAGAAAGAGUAACAUGACGGGGAACACGACACGAUAAAGACACCACACAAGAUGAAAUAAACCACGAAUCCGAAUUGGCAAAAUGCAACAAGGCUGUAUGAAUAGAUCGGGCAGCUUCUUUCCCAAGAGGCGCCCUUACAUUGUUUAAUAGCAAAGGGACACUCAAAAGCUGCUCCCACCAAAUGAGUCAGAGUCUAGCAAUAUAGAGCUCAUGAACAACUCCCGCGCUUCGAUCGUCGACUGGAUUUGACGAAGCUCGCACGCUGCAGCCGCUACUUAAUAACGUCUUGAUCCUGUAUCGCUGUAAUUUUGCAUGUAUCGCUCAAAGCAGAAAAGGGCUGUUUGUAUGCUGUAUCUGGGUGCGCAUGUGCAGCUCAGCUCAGAUCAGCUCAGAUCAACCACCGCGCUCUCCGAAUUUU